GCUAGAAACAAUGCCACAUUCCAACCGACUAAUUUACUAGUUGACGCAUUCGGUGAACGAUGGGCAUUUUACCCCACAAACUCCCACACGCGCGUGGGACUUGUCGAUAUAGCUAUAGAUAUGAUGAGCUCAAGCUGGACAAUAAGCUUAUCAUACGCGAGACAGUCGUUUACCGCGAGUCAUACGAUGCUAGUCAAGAAGCGGUCCACCGGCGAUCGAACGACUCCGUUUGUUUGGAAAAGAUUGCUAAAGGCGGCAAAUUUCAAACCAAUCCCGAACAAAUGGUCCGCCAGGUGGACAAUGGUGAGACGUUCCAUCUCGAGCAGCAAACAGCAAGACCAAGGAACCAAUCAGCAGCAUUCCGGGCAUCAUCAACAGCAACAGCAGUAUCAGCAGCAGAACCAACGAUCGAAAGGUAAAUUUAUUAGAAUACAGAAAAAAUGGAGUUGGAAAGCGGGAGCCGGUUGGACUAUAUUAUCCGUUUUGGAUUGGUGGUUACUAGCUGCCGGUAGUUGGCUGACAUGGCGAGGCGUUUUUCUUCGAUGGACCCCGCUAGGGAUUUGUAUGAUCGCAGCCACGCAGUGGCACCUUCACAAUCGUGAUCUCGAUAAGAAGGGCCUGCCAAGAACGGCUGCUCCAUGGCAGAUGAACGUAUAUUGUUCGCUUCCACUUAGACUAAUGAGCAGGUGUUGGGGCUGGUUAGCAGAUUGCCGAGUGCCAACGCCAGCCAGACCUCUCCUCUACGGUCUGUAUUCGACUGCAUUCGGGGUAAACAUCGAGGAGGCUGCGUCAUCUGAUUUCAAGAACUAUCGCAGUUUGGCGGAGUUUUUCACACGUUCCCUAAAGGACGAUGUACGCUUCAUUGAUCCUCAAAGCUGCAUUGUUUCUCCCUGCGAUGGAAGAGUACUGCAUUUUGGCUCCGCAACCGACUGUCGCAUUGAACAGGUUAAAGGAAUUUCCUAUAGUUUGGAAGAUUUUCUCGGACCUCCUACGUGGUGCGGCAAAGAGUCUCCUAGCUUUCUUGAUAAGUUAAAGAAAAAAUCACCAGACCAUGUGCUGUAUCAGUGCAUCAUCUACCUAGCGCCCGGCGACUAUCAUCGGUUUCACUCUCCAACCACGUGGAAACCGGAGCUGAGGCGGCACUUUUCUGGAGAACUGCUUUCGGUCAGCCCUAAAAUUGCUCAAUGGAUGCCGGGGCUUUUCUGUAUAAACGAACGAGCUCUUUAUAUUGGCAAAUGGAAACAUGGCUUCUUCAGUUUCACCGCUGUUGGAGCUACAAACGUCGGUUCUGUGCAGAUCUACAUGGACCAGAAACUGAAAACUAACAAAUGGGUCGGUCUGGAAAUCGGUUCGCACCGCUGUACAGAGUACGACGAACUAUCGUUACCGAGCGAUACGUUCCUAAGCAAGGGAGAGCUGCUUGGUCAAUUCAACAUGGGCAGUACGGUUGUGUUAAUUUUUGAAGCACCACGAGAUUUCAAAUUCAGUAUCCAACCUGGUCAAGUUGUGAAACUAGGACAGCGUUUGGGGUGCAUCAGUGAAAAAGACGACGAAAACGAAGACCUGCAUAGAAUAAAAAAGCAGAUCGAUUCGUUAUGAGCGGUGGUACUGGUCGAAAAACAAAUUACAAUUCGCGGUUGGGUGCCCGUGAUGUGCGAAAUGACCUCUAAUAGAAAUGAUAUAGUUAUAUUGGAUCACAGCUGAAAUUUGUGAUAUUUUGCAGACUCAGGAUGGUUUUACCCAAGUAGUUUAGAUAGGUAGUGUGAACAAAUUUCUAAGGAAAAGGAAUGAUUGACAACAUUCAAUUUAUAGGUUUGCAAACGCUGUAGUACAUAUUGUACGUGUAUUCAUUCAGAGUAUAAACACAUAGCUUUAUCUAGUGCUAAAAGUUUCAGUUUGUCGAAAUGCAACCAUAAAUUUUAGCUGGAGUUGAUAGUGUUUUUAGUAAACAAUCAUCACUUCAAGCUGAAGAUUGAAGAUUAUUUGUAGUGCAAGUUUGAGUUUUAUAGACAUAUAUGAAUAAUUGUAAUUGUUUAUUGAUGGCUUUAACCAAAUGGUCAUUCGCCCGGAAUAAAUAUAUAAAACUAUGCUUGGAUUUUAA